AUGGAGGUGGAAUGUGAAAGCGUGAAUCGCCUCACCAACGUCACGCUUGACGAGAGCGACACUUUAAAAAUUAAAAUUCCAGUGUUAGAUGGAAGUAAAAGAGAGAAACAACAAUUGAAGUGGAAAACUUUUCCAUUUCCUAGGCUUGAAACAGGUUUUUGUGCUGAAAAUAAGCUGCAAGUGAUGACAAAAGCAACAACAAAUCUCUUAAGUGGUUUAUCUUUGACUUGUCAUAGAAAUACUAAAGAAAAUUCAAUGAAGAAAAAGUUUCCUUUCUCAAUGAAUUCAUCUUAA